AUGGACGACGAGCUCGAUUUUGAAAACCUCGAUUACGGUGAUCUUGGCGAUUUCAAUCCUGAUGACUUUGAUGAAGAAGCAUUGGAAAGAGAAUUGGGACUCAUUACCGAGUCGGUAAAUAAGAAAGAAGUGGCAGCUAAACCGGCAGUUAGUCAAGCGUCAUCAGAGCCAAAAGCUAUUUCUAAACCAAGCGAAGCGAAAGCCGAACCGACGAAAACGGAUACGCGGGAGGCAGCAAAGGAGACCUCUUCUAGUGCUAACGUAGGAGCCAAACCUUCAACAACCCCUCCUAAAGCCACUGAACCUACCACGAAACCGACAUCCACUGUUGAGCCCGCAAAACCCACGGUGGCUGCCGCGAAACCUACGGUGGCUGCCAAAGCCGAUGACAAGCAGAGUCCAUCGAACGUGAAGGGUGCAGUCGAGGAAGAUACCGAAAAGUUGAAGCCCAAAGAAACUCGACCGACAACGCCGCAAGCACGACGUUCGCCUUACCCACGAAUGCAGAGUGGACAUGGAAAUUACUCUCAACGAAACUACAUGUCGCAAGACAUGUACGCCAUGGGACAACAAGGUUAUAUGAUGGGGAUGAAGUACGUUUCCGGUCUAUCAUGA